GACAUGAUGUCUGAGCUCAGCUGAAGCUGUCCAUCCUCCUCCGGCCAUCCUCUCAUGGGGGAGGACAAAAAGAUGAGUGUCACUAGAUGUCGGUCCUUCAACCUUUCGGCCAUCAUCGUGCUCCUGUUUUCCUCAGCAGCUCUCUCGGCUCAUUUUCGGGUGUGUGAACCUUACACUGACCACAAAGGCCGGUAUCAUUUUGGCUUCCACUGUCCCCGUCUGUCAGACAACAAGACCUACAUGUUCUGCUGUCACCACAACAACACUGCCUUCAAGUACUGCUGCAAUGACACUGAGUUUCAAACCAUCAUGCAGGUCAACCUCACAACCACUUUGGAUGGGUUUUCACACAAUAACUACACAGCACUGGUUGGAGUGUGGAUCUAUGGCUUUUUCGUCAUGGUGCUUCUGGCACUGGACUUCCUCUACUACUCAGCCAUAAACUACGAAGUGUUCAGGGUGUACCUGGAGAAGUGGGGGCUCGGGGGUCGCUGGCUGACGCAAGCUCGCAGUCAGUGGCAAAGGCCUGAGCAGGAGGAGAGUCAGGGGCAGCUUUCUCAUCCUGGAGCUCCAGCAGGAUUAUCACACCACCAACAAACACACUUUCACUCCCAGCCCAGACACAGCCUGAAGCCAGAGGCCCAGAGUCCAACACACACACCACACAACACAUCAAUCGCCUGAUGCCAGAUGAUCGGAGAACAUCUAAGAGGAAUGUUUAGAAGAAAAUAAAGUUUGUGCCUCAGACCUCAGAGAAUACCCCUCUUGGUAGUGAAUGCUGGUUCGAGCUCGCCUCCUCUUCCAGCUGUCUCUCUUCAAGCACAACCAUCUCUAAUCAUCUGUUCUUCUCUAUGGAUUUCCCAUCAGAUUCAUCCAGAGAAACACUAAAGAAUCACUGGUAUUUGGUUUGUUCACAGAACACGGCAAUUAAGGGAACUAUAUCAUAGCUAGAAUUUGUAGGGGAAAGAGACAAUGAUGAAGAUGAAGACGAAGACAACAAGGACGACGAUGAUGACAUGAGACUCUACUGAACUUUUGGAGGAUCUAUGGAACUAUAUUACAGCUUGUCUAGGGCAGGAGCACCUUUAUAUUUAAUAUUUAUAUUGUUCACACAUUGUUUAGGACCUAAUCUUGGCUAAAUACUGUAACUGUGGUGGUAGGAGCUUUUGUUUUUACAUUAUUUAUGUAUUUAAUUUAGGGAUUAUUAUGAUAUUAUUAGGGAAGCCCUGUUAGGAACUGUUACUAUAACAUGUUUUUACUGUCUGACGUUCGACUUUCUGCUCCCUUGUAAAAUUUGGAAAGAUGUAUAAUAAUUACCCGAAGACAUUUCACAAGACACAAUAGUAUUUUUUUUUAGCAAUAUUUAAUUGUGAUGACGCAAACAAGCUGAAACUUGUGUGUCAUGGAUGGCAAAAGAUAUUUGUACCGUUCCAUAACAUGAAACCAGGUGUGAUCAUAGAUGUUGGAGUCAGUUGUGUUCACUUUAUUUGUUAGCAUAUCUGAUGGAGAUCUUCUGUUUACACAGUCAUUAAACUGUGGUGUUUGCAUUUCUUUUGUAAUCCAAGACUAGGAAAUUACUUUAAUGACCUAAAGUAGCAGCUUUCAUUUACAAUCCAUGUUUUAUCAGUGAAUCCAUGAGUAUGUGUAUUUAUUACUGUCAGACUGAAGUUACAUUAACACCUGAAUGAAAUAAAAAAGUAUAAAAUAAUAAACAUAUCCCCAUCUUUGAGCAGUGCCGCAUGUUAGAAUUUUUAAAAAUAUUGUAGUUGGCAUAACUUCUGAUUUUGUAUUAUUAAGUUAGCGCUUAAUAACAAACAUGUAUACAAUACAUUGCACCGUUAUGUAAAAGUAAAUAACGAGUAUCAUAAGGAACAUGUGACUGAUUAUGUAAUGAUUGUAAUCCAGCAACCCAUAAUUAUGGUAAAUAAGCUUCAAAUAUAUCUGAUAAAGCCGAAAUCCAAUUAACUGAUUUCUAGAGUGGAACGGUAUUAUCUCAUGUUCCACCUUGACAUUCGCUGCAGUGAUUAGCUCAUGCUGGGAUUGCAGGAAGGAGAUGGACACAGAAUGAAAGGGUUGAGAAUUUCAAGCAUAUCUGCAGCGGGAAGGUAAUUUAAUUGGAGAUAAGAGAUUAUUUGUAAUUCGGUCUGGUAUAGUACACAGACUGCUAGGCUUGAUUCAAUCUAGAGACAUCAUUUAUGGUUUGGGUUUCAAUUCAACAAAUGUCAAGCUUUUAAGUUGGGUAUAUCAGGUGCAAACAAGUCGUUAGUCUAAUAUUAAUAAAUUACUGUCCUCGGUUUCCACAAACAGGGAACAGCUUGACAUUGUUUAUUUAUUUAUUUUUGUUUGUCUUUUUUUUUUUUUCCAAGACAUCCCGUCUUGGCAACAGUUGCCUUAGUAACUCUAUAUAUGUACACAGCAGCAGUGUAGCUACUGGUACCUUCAAGCAGGGUGUAUGGUGUUCCACACACACAUCCACCCACAAACAUGCAGGCAACAUGCCACACAUAUCUGUCAGCCUGUGUUUUGUCAUUUAGUAGACUGUAAAGCCUUGUACUUGCAGUUGUUAACUUUGUACUGUCACAAAUGGACAUAGUAAAGAUCUAUCUUUCCUGCUGUUCCUUGCUACAUGUGUGAUUGUUCUUUCUUAAACUGAGUCAAAACCAUUCAUCAUGAAUUGGCAGCAGGGUAUUCAUCUUAACCUGUAUUACAGCAGAUCAUGAGUAAGAACAACCUAAACUUACAGCACCAUUCUGUGAUUAUGGGUUUGAAUCCUACCGCUGCCAUGUCCCAUGUUCCCCAUACACUCUUCAAUGUCAGUCAGAGAGACAGUAAAUUGUGGGCAUCUGUGAGCUGUAACAGAGGGCUGAUUUCCAUUGAGGGGAGUUUGAAAAGAUGCAUUUGGUUAACUUUGUGUGUCUAGAGAAAGACUACAUUUAUGGCAUUUAGUAGACGCUCUUAUCCAGAGCAACUCACAAAUACUGUAUACACCUGAGCAAUCGAGGGCUAAAGGCCUUGCUUAGUGGCCCAGGAGUAGCAGCUUGGUGGCCAUGGGAUCCGAACCGAUGACCUUUCAUUCAGAAGGCUAACAUCUUAACCACUACAAUGCCCUCCAGACUAGAUCUGGAAUUUAUAUAUUUCUGUAAAGGUGCUUUGUAAGAAUGUCCAGUGUUAAAAGCAAAAAUACGUUUCAUUUGAAUCGAAUAAAUUAAGGACAAUGAAAAAAGUAGAAGUUUUUUUUAUGUCUUAUACUUUCAGCUGAUAUCUUACAGCAUAUUAUUUUUAAGCUCUAGGAAUUAUCCAGGAAUUAUAGCUAAACUAAUAAGAAAUGCAUGUCAUUAUAUAAAACACAAGUCUGGACCCUGGGAGAAUUGGGUUAUGCUCAGUACAGUAGAGCUUUAAUCUGUAAUCUUUUAAUCUUGGAGCUUCCACUUGUUAGCCUUCACCCUCCCUAUGUGGUAGAUUUCGUACAAUAGUUGGGAAUUUGGACAAAAAAAUAUGAGAGUGUGUGUGUGGGUCAUAGUGAUUAUUUAUCUUCACAAAUUUGUCUUUGUUUUCUCAGAAUGUUAUUCUACCUCAUUAUUUAGGGGUCAGAUUAUCAUUACUUCAAAGACACUCUUGUCUGUGACUCUGCCGUUUUGAUCAUUUUGACAGUAUCAGCUGAUCCAUCUGACCAGACCUCAGUCCUCCCAGUCCGCCCCUGUUGGCCCUCAUGACUCUUGUGGUUUUGAGACAUCAUUAGGACAUUGCUGCAGAUCUAGAUUUAGCCACAUUGCAACUGGGAUGUACAGGAAGAAUCACACGUCUUCACACUGCGCCUGCUUGCUUAAGCAUGUUUGGCCGAUCUUUUGAUAAAUCUUUUAGGACAGCUGAGACUCUCACCAAACCUGCUCUAUUCCUUUCUAUAACAAUGGCAUUAAUGAUUCUCUCUCUCUCUCUCUCUCUCUCUCUCUCUCUCUCUCUCUCUCUCUCUUCUUCAAUAUGACCCAUUCCAAAAGAAAGGGUUUGUCUGUAGAAAAGGAAAAAGCCAUCUCCGAAUUAAGCGGGUAUUUGGUUAUGUUAAAUAAUUACAUAUUCAUAUAUUCACUAUGAAAAGCCCAAAGAUUCCACUGGAAUAUACAGUUAUAUUAAACAGGUGAGUAAAUGUGCAUAUUAUAAAAUACAAACUGAUGAGGCCAUAAGAUAUAAGAAAUAUAUGCAAAUAUUUCCAUGAGAUAAAAGAGUUUUUGACUUUGGGCAUGUUUUGCAGUUCAGUAUAUUUACGUUAUAAGUCAGAACACAGACUUCUCAGAAGAGCAGUUUGAGAUUUUCUGUGCUGUGUGUUUGAAAUCUUGAGCCUUAGGGGUAUCAAUAUGCUAUGUCUAAAAACCUGCAAUAAUGAGGGCAUAGUAAAAUGAUCAAAAAGACUAUUUCAAACCAACGUUUUAUAAAUCGAAGUGUAUUUUCCUGUCACUUUGGUGUUUUGACAUUUGUCAUGACAUUUGACAUGGGUCUAAGAUUAGUUUAGAUUUUUUCAUACAGUAUAUGAUGCUUACAAUUAGUGCAGUUCACAAAGCAGAAUGAUCACAUUGCUGUCAUUAGCUCACAGGUAAUCAUAGGUGCAGGAACAUAUUUUUAGAAUAUGAACUAAAAGAGAAUAAAUGCAUAUGUAUGAGCACACCGCAAUCCUGAAAACAGAGGAGAAUAAAGCAGCACAAUACAUGAAUUACAAUGAAGUGAAAUUUCUUCAAGCGUAAACACACGAACACUGCAGCAAAUGAUGUUAGAGUCUCACUAAGCACACUUUACGUCACACUCACAAUCAUGCGCAUGUGUACAGUGCAUGUGAUGAACCACAGUUCAAAUACCACCCUUCACUUACUGCACCAAGCACCAAGAUCUUACCUUAUUUUUUUUUUUGGUUUAAUAAAAUAGAAUUACUUCCAUACAUGCAUCACAUUUAUGGACAGAAAUUGUGAACAAUUCAACAAGGUACAAUAACAGAGAGAGAGAGAGAGUGCAUGUAUGAAAUGUUUGCUUUUCAAACUACAGUACAGCAGCAUUACUUGGCUUGAUCUUUUUAGGAU